AACUCCUUUUUCAAAAAUCAUCUUCCUGACCACUACGUGUACCAAAAAUAAACACAAACCUCUGAAACCCCUAAGAAAAUGAGAUCCACUACCUUAUCCAAUAGAAUCUUUUGCGCUGUAGCUCGCAAUCGCACCGGCUUACAGAACAGUCCAAGCAGUGGGCGUUUCAUGUCGACACUGACACCUCCAAAUAAGAAAAGCGAACGUCGUGAGGUCCAUAGCACAGCAGGGACCAAAUCUCCAGAUGUGACGGCAGCAGAACUCAAGACCUCUAACUCUACCAAAGUCGCUGCCUUGAAUGAUGGAGUUAGCACUGUCGCUAGUCGUUUCUUGACUACUGCCGAAGUGACUGUCUCAAAGAUUUUUCCUGCUGGUUUUGGAUGGCAAACGUCUUCCAUCAUCGCCGAAAACAAUUUUGGUUUUGCACCCGACACCAUGAAUUUUGCACUGACAACUGGCCUUGGGGAUGCCMUUGGCGUUGUAGGCGGUCAUUGCCUCUACUAUGGCGCGAAGAAGGCUAUCACAAAAAAUGAUUCCAUCAACAUGGAAUCCGAGGUACAGACUGGACUUCUCCUAGGUUCAGCUGCAUUUUGCAGCGGGACUGCUUGGCAGCCUCUUGUCGAUGCCCUGCAGGGAGCAAAUUGUAGCUUCGGAGGUGUUUUUGCUGGAACCUGGGCAGGCUGCGGCUUGGCCUUUUAUGCCGGCCUCCGUGCCGGACGUACUAUCCUCAGCGGCUUCAUGACUCACAUCGAGGAACCCACCUACGAUAAUUCGAAGAAUGACGCCUCCCUUAGUUGUGUGAUUGGAGGCGCAACUGGAUUCUUCGUUGGGACGGAUGCCGCCUAUCUUCCYGAUCAAAACUUUUUGAUCAAUUUUGUUGGAAUCACCGAUGGUACGCCGGACCUUGUCGGCUGUGCCAUUGCCGGAACUUCUACCUCGAUGGGAUUUUUCACGUCGCAAUCGGUCUUCAAUGUCAUCUAUCCAUCUGGAAAGUGCUGGAAUGAUUAGCGAGUAGCGAUCUCUGGUUUAUUCCUCACUCGUUCGCUCAUUCGAGGAAAUCUUUCGGAGAGACACGAAGUUUCCAGUAGACGUUCCCUACAUUUUUAUUUUGCCACUUUUCAAACGUUUUGCAGGUUUCAUCGCUGAACUGACUCGACAAGAAGAUGAGACGAUAUUUAUAUCCUCAGCACAAAUCAUUCCUAGAUUUGGGCUUAUCUAUCUCCAUUCGGGUUGUUGCUAUCUAUUUUUGGUACGUUUUUCUUUAUCUUGAAUCUCUACUCUAUUUUUGGUUUUGUCGAGAAGGUAAGACCCAGUAUUUGGCUGGCUUCUUUCUUUCUAGUUACAUAGUUUUAUUAAUAUCUACAAUAUUUGCUACGAUAUUAGAACAACAGAUUGUAGAAGAUCAUGGUCAUUCUCCUUUCGUAGUUUCCCCCCGCAUGCACUUGUUGAAGACAAUGAAAAAAAAUUGAUUCACCCAUGGACAUAAACAAGUACGUGUCAUUUGCGUUCUAAAUCACGAAAUUCAAGUAUAAUACCGGUAGGAUGGUUUUCGUAUUUUCUGGUGUUCAAUUUCUUUUCGCUUAGCAUAAUCGGAAGACAGUGGGCGGACAGCAUACUUGUAAUGUGAGCACAACACAAUUGCUUGUCGUACCGCAAACACUGAAACAUGUGUUACAGCCGUGACUACCAUACUUUGUGAUAAAACCGCUGACAAUAUCGAUUGCACUAAAUUAAACAUGUAUUGGAUGCUCUAUUCGCUUUAAUUUACUUCGGUGUAAUGUCAUGAUGUGGAAAUAAUAAGUUGCCGUUAGAAUCACACCAGGAAUAGGGCAGGGGUCUAAAUUAUGACCCCUGGAAUAGGGCACGUGCAGAGAUCGACCGUACCCUUGCAUCUGUCAACAGAUUUUUUGUUUCCUUUUUUCUGUUCUUUCCGUUCGCGUGGCGUUCUUUUCAGAUUCAAUGAUGAUUCAUUGGGGCUUCAACGGCUUCUUUCGUAGUUUUGAUGUGGAAUUGUUGUCAUUUUCUUUAUUCUUUUGCCGUCUUUUAUAUUGUGUUCGACUGUUUCACUUAUUCCGUCCCCUGCGACGAGUUGUCCAUGGUAAUGAAUCCGCGACCGUCGCCCAGUGUCGACGAUUGUAUUUGUCCCACACCCAAAGCACUGUCGUAACUGCGGUCAACGUUGCCAUCCACAACACCCACACCUAGGCCUACCAGCGGAGUCGUUUUGGCAGACGGUCUCGUCAAACUAGAAGGUGGAAUACUAGUGCCGAUCGCAUUCACGUGCCUCCCUAUCCCAACACCACCCGUGCCUUGUUCUAUUCGCAAAAUCGAUUGUUCCUCCCCUGCAUGACACAAAAAUAACAAAACGGCAAAGAUGGUAUACAAGACACUGAGAAACAUGAAAGUGACUGCCAAUAUUGUAGCUAUUCGUUCAACUUCGUAUGGCUCGCUGCUUUCUCCAUCUC